ACGCGGCGCCCGCCAGGCCGCAGCCCCGCCGCCCGGCAGUGGGGCCCGCCUCGGCCCGCCUCGGCCCGCCCCCGGCCCUCCCCGCCCGGCCUCCCCAGCGCCCCUGUCAGAUUGUGGCGGCGGGCCGCGCGGUGCGCUAGUUCCUUGCAGCCUGGGCGAGGAGACUUGCGCGCGGGCACACCCCCACGUCCCUUAGGCGCCGCUGCCUCCGCUCCACUGGCCUCCGCUCCGCCCAGCCUUCUGCCGCACGCCCGUAGCGACAUGGCACACGCGGCGGUACGCUGCCCCAGCGCUCGGGGCUCCGGGGACGGCGAGAUGGGCAAGCCCAGGAAGGUGGCGCUCAUCACUGGCAUCACGGGCCAGGAUGGUUCAUACUUGGCUGAGUUCCUGCUGGAGAAAGGCUACGAGGUCCAUGGAAUUGUGCGGCGAUCCAGUUCAUUCAAUACAGGUCGAAUUGAACAUCUGUAUAAGAACCCCCAGGCUCAUAUUGAAGGAAACAUGAAGUUGCACUAUGGUGAUCUCACUGACAGUACCUGCCUUGUGAAGAUCAUUAAUGAAGUAAAGCCUACGGAGAUCUACAACCUUGGAGCCCAGAGCCAUGUUAAAAUUUCUUUUGACUUGGCUGAAUAUACUGCAGAUGUUGAUGGAGUUGGCACUUUGCGGCUUCUGGAUGCAGUUAAGACCUGUGGCCUUAUCAACUCUGUGAAGUUCUACCAAGCCUCAACUAGUGAACUUUAUGGGAAAGUGCAAGAAAUACCCCAGAAGGAGACAACUCCUUUUUAUCCUCGAUCACCGUAUGGGGCAGCAAAACUCUAUGCCUAUUGGAUUGUGGUGAACUUCCGUGAGGCAUAUAAUCUCUUUGCGGUGAAUGGCAUUCUCUUCAAUCACGAGAGUCCUAGAAGAGGAGCUAAUUUUGUUACUAGAAAAAUUAGCCGGUCAGUGGCUAAGAUUUACCUUGGACAACUGGAAUGUUUCAGCUUGGGAAAUCUGGAUGCCAAGCGAGAUUGGGGCCAUGCCAAGGACUAUGUAGAGGCUAUGUGGCUAAUGUUGCAGAAUGAUGAGCCAGAGGAUUUUGUCAUAGCUACUGGGGAAGUCCAUAGCGUUCGGGAAUUUGUAGAGAAAUCAUUUUUGCACAUUGGAAAAACCAUUGUGUGGGAAGGAAAGAAUGAAAAUGAAGUGGGCAGAUGUAAAGAGACCGGAAAAAUUCAUGUGACUGUGGAUCUCAAAUACUACCGACCAACUGAAGUGGACUUUCUGCAAGGAGAUUGCACCAAAGCGAAACAGAAGCUGAGCUGGAAACCCCGGGUCGCUUUUGAUGAGCUGGUGAGGGAGAUGGUGGACGCCGACGUGGAGCUCAUGAGAAACAACCCCAACGCGUGAGCGCGACCGCGGAGCCCCGAGCCGCCUCUGCCGGCCUACGGUCCCUGCUUGGAAUCGGCGGGUGCGGGGCCGCAGGUGUGAUCCUGGGAGGGGCGGGAGAAUCCGGCCCGUUCCGUGCGACCCUCCUUGCCACUGCGCCUUAUUCCCGCCGUUAGGAUGUGGGACGGCUGAGGUUUGUAGCAGCCGGGACGUGGCACUCCGGGGUUCGGCCCAAUUUCCAUUUGUCGAGGCCUCUUCUGAAGGGUUUUGUGAAAUCAACAAGAUGUUUUAAUCACAAGUUCACUAUACUUGAAAUUAUGUCAUUAGACAACUGAAAUUGUGGGGCUUUCAAAUUGUUUUUCUCUUUUAUUAAAAAUGUCCUUUCUAUGAACUA